AUGAUAUCAUCCUUUUUUCCACUUCACCUUUCUCUCCUACUUUUUGCAACUUAUUCUCUCACCUGUUUUUUUCAACUUCUCUUUUUUUCAUUGUUUGUCACUCCUUCUCUUUCUCUCUACCCCCCACUGUUUCACUCCUUUUCUCACUGUUUGCCACGACUUCUCUCUCCAACAUUGUCACUCCUUCUCUCACUAUCUCUCCCACUGUUUGGCACUCCUUCUCUCACUAUAUCUCCCACUGUUUACCACUCCUUCUCUCUCUCUACCACUCAUUCUGUCUCUCUCUCUCCAAAUUUGCAACUCUUUCUGUGUCUCUCUCUCUCCAAAUUUGCAACUCUUUCUGUGUCUCUCUUCCUCCCACUGUUUGCAACUCUUUUUGUCUCUCUUCCUCCCACUGUUUUACAUCCUCUUCUGUCUCUCUCUCUCUCUCCCCACUGUUUGCAACUGCUUCUGUCUCUCUCUCUCUCUCCCCCACUGUUUGCAACUGCUUCUGUCUCUCUCUCUCUCUCCCCCACUGUUUGCAACUGCUUCUGUCUCUCUCUCUCUCCCCCACUGUUUAACUGCUUCUGUUUUUCUCUCUCUCUCUCCAAACUGUUUGCCCCUGCUUCUGUCUCUCUCUCUCUCUCUCCCCACUGUUUUCAACUGCUUUGUCUCUCUCUCUCUCUCCCCCUGUUUGUAACUGCUUCUGUCUCUUUCUCUCCCCCACUGGAAGCAAAUUCUUCUGUCUCUCUCUCUCUCCCCACUGUUUGCAAUUUCUAUUCUCUCUCUCUCCCCACUGUUUGCAACAACAAAUUAAUCCCCACUCAUUUUCUCUCUCUAAUUCUUUCUCUCUCUCUCUCCCUCUCUUUAUCUCCUUUGCUCACUGUCUCUUCUCUCUCUCUCUCUUUAAUUUUGUCUGUCUCUUCUCUCUCAUUUAUUCUCUCUCUCUCUCUCAUUGAUUUUUCUCUCUCUCCCCUUUUAUUCGUUUUCUCUCUCUCUCUCCCAUCCUGUCAAUUCUCUCUCUCUCUUCAAUUUCUUCUGUCUCUCUCUCUCUUCUCUCACUCUUUCCUUUUUUCUCUCUCUCUCUUUUCCUCUGAUUCUCUCUCUCUCUCUCUCUUCCCCCACUUUUUGCAUCUCUCUCUCUCUCUCUCUCCACUUUUUGCUCUCUCUCUCUCUCUCUUCCUCCCACUUUUCUUUGUCUCUCUCUCUCUCUUCCUCUCUCUCUCUCUCUCUCUCUUUGAAUCUGAUUCUUCUCUCUCUCUCUCUUCCCCCACUGAUUUAUCUCUGUCUCUCUCUCUUCCUCCCCUGAUUUUCUCUCUCUCUCUCUCUCCCCCCUUUUUCAUCUUGUCUCUCUCUCUCUCUUCUCUCUCUCUGUCUCUCUCUCUCUUCUCUCCCUCUGAUUCAAAUUUUCUCUCUCUCUCUUCCUCCCCCCAAAUGUCUCUCUCUCUCUUCCUCCCUUUGUUAAGUGUCUCUCUCUCUCUUCCUCCCACUGAUUCCUCCUUGUCUCUCUCUCUCUCUUCCUCCCCUGAUUGCAGGUCUCUCUCUCUCUUCCCAAGAAGAUUUUCUGUCUCUCUCUCUCUCUCCCUCCUGAUUCUCUCUCUCUCUCUCCUCCAUUGGUUCUCAAUCUCUCUCUCUCUCUCUCUCUUCCUCCCCACUGUUUGCAACUCUCUCUCUCUCUCUUCCUCCUCACUGAUUCUAAUGUCUCUCUCUCUCUUCCUCCCACUCUUCUCUCUCUCUCUCUCCUCCCACUGA